AUGCGACCGCGAAAUGAUCUCACAACAACUGCACCAGCUUCAGUUCUUCAACAGAACCCCGGAUGUGCCUUAGUUAGCUCCACACUAUUCAAAUGCGAAUCGAUCAGUCCCGGCUUUACCUCUCUUGUCCCAUCAGCACAAGCACAAUGUCUGUGUUAUGAUUCUUCGAAAUGGGUUCCGACAAUAUUUGACAAAGCGGUACAGACUUGUGCCGAUUUUGCAAGUACAGCCGUGCUAAGCGCAUACCCGGCAUUUGUUAACUUGGAGGGAUUCUGCGGUAAUAUUGGAAAUAUAAUGACGACAAAGGAGCCUGCUACUAUCUCUUCUAUUUCGACUUUUGAAUCUUCAACUCAGACUCCGACAACACAUAGUGUGAUACCAGCUUGCAAUACUGCUUUAUCUCUGAUACAAUCUUGUGUUGGCCUGGUUCCAGGGUUUAUAGCUUUGAGUCCUUCUCAACAGGCUUCAUGCCUGUGUUACGCGAGUGUCGCAUCUUGGAUCCCAAAGUCCUUUGAUAAUGCUAUGGAGACUUGUUCACAAUUUGCGCAAAGUGAAAGGGGGAUUGCAGGGUUAGUCUCGACAGUUGAUAUGUUCAAUGGUAUCUGUGAAAGUAUGGGAAACGUAUGGACAACGGAGGGAGUCGUUUCAUCUAUGACCACCUUGCACCCCAUAACGUCAUCUGACGUGGGCCCGGAUCCCUCGACUUCAAUAAACUCUCCAUCACCAGCCAGUAUACCUGGAUCUGCCAGUUCGGUCAUAUCAACCGUUGCUAUUCCUUCCCCCACCCAGACCACGCGUUCGAUUGUGAAAACAAUCUCGGUGACAUCGAUAAGUAGAUCAAUGACCAGUACAGCUUCAAUGCCUGUGUUUGGAGGAAUCGACACGAGUCAAGACGGAAAUCAAGAACUGAAAGAUGUUAGUGAUCCGAUGGUUAUAUUGAUUAGUUUUGCAUGUGCAGCGUUGGUGCUUUUUUUAUGCUAG